CGCAUCUUUCUGUUGCAGCAUGUUCGAGGCUUCACAGAAGCAUCUUCCUGAGGCAGGAACAGUAAGGUUUCCAGCAACAGGGACGCUACCAACAUGUAUCCGUAUAUAAGGGAGAUUCAGGACAUGCAGCAGCUAUCAUCUUGGCACCAGUCACUCCAUGGCUAGUACAGCAAAAAGACUGGGCAAAAGAAUCGUUGGAUAUCCUGAGGAGAUAGUCCCCGUCAUUUCGGCGCGUGACUAUGUCCUCCAAGCCACGCAGGAUCCUAUUCGACGCAUCCUGGAGUACAUCGCCAGCUUAUUCCCAAUACUUGGGUGGAUAACUAGAUACAAUUUGGGAUGGCUGACGGGCGACGUUAUUGCUGGCCUCACUGUGGGCAUUGUUCUCGUCCCACAAAGCAUGUCCUACGCUCAGAUUGCUACUCUAAGUCCGGAGUACGGAUUGUACUCUUCUUUCAUUGGCGUUUUGUUAUACUGUGUUUUCGCGACGUCCAAAGAUGUAUCCAUUGGCCCGGUCGCUGUCAUGUCUUUAACUGUGUCCCAAAUUAUCAAGCACGUCGAUGAUGCACAUCCCGGUAAAUGGGAGGGCCCGCAGAUAGCCACCACUGUCGCGUUUAUCGCCGGCUUCAUUGUUCUGGGCAUUGGCCUUUUACGGCUGGGCUGGCUUGUUGAGUUCAUACCGGCGCCUGCUGUAAGUGCGUUCAUGACCGGAUCCGCUAUCAGUAUCGUCUCUGGUCAGAUUCCCGGUCUGAUGGGUAUUUCUGGUUUUGACACCCGAGCCGCAACCUACGAAGUAAUCAUCAACACUCUGAAAGGGCUUCCAAGAACGAAACUUGAUGCCGCAUGGGGACUACCUGGACUUGUCGCAUUGUAUAUCAUCCGCUUCUCAUGCGAUCGUCUCGCGAAGCGCUUUCCCCGCAGAGCACGCAUCUUGUUCUUCAUCUCUGUGUUCAGGAAUGUAUUCGUCAUCCUGAUUUUGACGAUUGCGGCGUGGUUGUAUACGAGGCAUCGACAGAGCGCCAGCGGUAGCUAUCCCAUUAAAAUCUUGAAGGAUGUACCGGGCGGUCUUCGGCACGUCGGUCAGCCAGUCAUUGACCCCGAACUUGUCACUGCUCUGGCGGGGCAGCUUCCCAUUGCAGUCAUCAUUCUAUUACUGGAGCACAUAGCGAUCGCGAAGUCUUUUGGACGAUUGAAUGGUUACAAAAUUAACCCCAACCAGGAACUCAUUGCCAUCGGGGUCACAAACACUGUGGGGUCAUGCUUUGCCGCUUAUCCUGCAACGGGAUCAUUCUCUCGUUCUGCCUUGCAAUCCAAAUCUGGUGUCAGAACCCCUGCUGGUGGCAUAGUCACGGCUGCAGUUGUGAUUGUUGCAUUAUACGGCGUAACACCGGCUUUCUAUUGGAUUCCGACCGCAGGACUCUCUGCUGUUAUUAUUCAUGCCGUAGCGGAUUUAGUAGCGACUCCCAAGCAGGUGUAUUCUUAUUGGCGCGUGUCACCCAUGGAGUUCAUAAUCUGGCUCGCAGCCGUGAUCAUCACAAUCUUUUCGUCUAUCGAAAACGGUAUCUAUGCAUCCAUCUGCGCCUCCCUUGUACUUCUUCUCGUCCGCGUUGCUCACCCACGAGGCUACUUCCUUGGCAAAGUAACGGUGCAUAAUGGAGUCUCCGAAGAUAAGGAUCCUCGCGAGGUCUUUGUUCCCCUCACAAAAGACAGUGUGACCAAUACCCAGGUCAAAGUUAUCCCCCCUUCUCCAGGUGUUAUCAUAUACCGCCUUGAAGAGAGCUAUCUCUAUCCCAAUUGCGCACAAUUAGAUUCAAUUCUUGUGGAUUAUGUCAAGGAGAACACUAGACGAGGAAAAGAUAUGAGCGUAGUCAAGCGCAAGGACCGGGCGUGGAACGAUCCUGGUCCUCGCCGGGGUACAAAUGCGGAGUAUGAAGCCAACACCAACCUUCCUCUGCUCCGAGUCAUCGUUCUCGACUUUUCUGGCAUUUCACAAAUAGACACCACUGCCGUCCAGUCCUUAAUCGAUACCCGUAACGAAAUAGAACGAUGGGCGGAUCGCUCUGUGGAAGUACGUCUUUCCCUUCUUGCAAAAAACGUGACUCACACAACGCUAGUUCCACUUUGCCACGAUUCUCUCUCCCUGGAUACGUCGGGCCCUUGUAGGCCGGCGGUUUUGGGAACGGGAUCACCGUCGUCCAAGAUUCCACAGGAGAUCGCCGCAGUUGUCCCUUAUCGAGACAGCCUGAGGGAUAAUAUCACGUUGGAGCCGGAUCCAAAAGACAUAGAAAGAGGAGAUAAAGGGUCCACGACUCAGGAAGUCCCGCCUGGCUUCGCUCCUCUGUUACCUGUAGAGACGCCUUUCUUCCACUUCGACCUUGCAGCCGCUGUUCGCGCGGCAGAAAAUGCAGCGUCGUAACCUGGGCAUGCAAGUAAGUGUUUGCCUUGCGUCUUUUAAUCGUUGUAGCAUUGUAGCUAUAUGUCGCAAUGUACUUGUAUACACACCUGUUAAGU